AUGGCUUCCGGUCUUGAAGAGGUCCCCGAGGGACAGAUCGAGUCCAACUACGAUGAGACCACCGACUCCUUCGAUGCCAUGAACCUCAAGGCUGAGCUCCUCCGCGGUGUCUACGCCUACGGUUUCGAGCGCCCCUCUGCUAUUCAGCAGCGCGCCAUCAUGCCCGUCAUCAAGGGCCACGAUGUCAUUGCCCAGGCCCAGUCCGGUACUGGCAAGACCGCUACCUUCUCCAUCUCCGUCCUCCAGAAGCUUGACCCCAACGUCAAGGCCUGCCAGGCCCUUAUCCUCGCCCCUACCCGCGAGCUUGCCCAGCAGAUCCAGAAGGUCGUUGUCGCCAUCGGUGACUUCAUGAACGUUGAGUGCCACGCCUGUAUCGGUGGUACCAGCGUCCGCGACGACAUGAAGGCUCUCCAGGACGGCCCCCAGGUCGUUGUCGGUACCCCCGGCCGUGUUCACGACAUGAUCCAGCGUCGUGUCCUCAAGACCGACUCCAUGAAGAUGUUCGUCCUCGACGAGGCCGAUGAGAUGCUGUCUCGCGGUUUCACCGAGCAGAUCUACGACAUCUUCCAGCUUCUCCCUCAGUCUACCCAGGUUGUCCUCCUUUCCGCCACCAUGCCCCAGGACGUCCUCGAGGUCACCACCAAGUUCAUGCGCGACCCCGUCCGUAUUCUCGUCAAGAAGGACGAGCUUACCCUCGAAGGUAUCAAGCAGUUCUACAUCGCUGUUGAGAAGGAGGAGUGGAAGCUCGACACCCUCUCCGAUUUGUACGAGACCGUUACCAUCACCCAAGCCGUCAUCUUCUGCAACACCCGCAGAAAGGUCGACUGGCUCACCGACAAGCUGACUGCCCGUGACUUCACCGUUUCUGCCAUGCACGGUGACAUGGACCAACAACAGCGUGAUGUUAUCAUGAAGGAGUUCCGCUCUGGUUCUUCCCGUGUCCUCAUCGCCACUGACCUUUUGGCCCGUGGUAUCGAUGUCCAGCAGGUCUCGCUGGUCAUCAACUACGAUCUCCCCGCCAACCGCGAGAACUACAUCCACCGUAUCGGUCGUGGUGGUCGUUUCGGUCGUAAGGGUGUUGCCAUCAACUUCGUCACCGCUGACGAUGUGCGCAUGAUGAGAGAAAUCGAGCAGUUCUACAGCACUCAAAUCGAGGAGAUGCCCAUGAACGUUGCUGACCUCAUCUAA